AUGCACCUCUACGCUUUCGGGUCGAAUGGCGCAGGCCAACUGGCGAUCGGGCAUAUGGAAGACGUCGACAGGCCGGCGCGGUGUCUCUUCGCGGGGGACGAGCAACCUUCUGCAGGCCAGCCAUCAGCCUCGGGAGAGGUUAGACUUGCCGCUGGCGGAAAUCAUACCUUGAUCCGACUCCCUUCAGGCAUCGUGUAUGCUGCUGGCUCCAACGCGCACGGCGAAUGCGGCACGUCCACCACCCAGAAUCUCGUCCGUUUCCAGCGUGUAGUAAUCAGUGAGCCGCCUGCCAAUAUCGCCCGCGAUAUCAGCCACGAUAUCACCCCCGACGACAAUAUCACCACCUUCUCCCACAUCUCAGCAACAUGGUCUGCCUCCUUCUUUGUAAAUCAGAGUUCCAUCUACGUCGUCGGCCACGGCUCCAAGGGUGAGCUGGGCCUGGGGCCCGAUGUGACGGAGACAAAGGUGCCAGUUCGGAUGUCUAACUUCCCGCCAGAUGGCACGCAUGUCGCCGCCAUUGCUAGCGGGAUGGGACAUACCGUCGUCCUCCUGGAUGACGGUGCGGUGUACGGUUGGGGAGGGGCUAGGAAGGGUCAGCUGGGAGCUGACAAGGUGCGUGAGAAGGUCGUCUGGUCGCCGCAAAGGAUGAUGGUGGGUGGUAAUAUGCCUCCUGAACAUGUGCGAGCCGUCAGUUGUGGCAGGGAGUUUACCGUCCUCGCCGGCUCUUCCUCUGGCUCACUGUCCUCAUCCUCGUCCUCAGCUCAGUCACCACUUUACAUCCUAGGUCCGGAUAAAUGGGCCAUCUCGUCCGCUGCUCCCCCUAUGGUAGCCGGAUAUACCUCGCUGGCUACCAGCUGGCAUGGCGUCUAUGUACAUUUAUGCGAUGGCAGGGUGUUGGCUUGGGGUCGCAACGAUCGAGGCCAGUUGCCUCCUUCGACCAUGCCGGCUCUGGCUCAUCUGGCUGCUGGAAGUGAGCACGUUGUUGGCGCCAUCGACCGUAGAACGUUGAUUGCGUUUGGGUGGGGGGAGCAUGGUAAUUGCGGGCCGAAUACUGAUGAGCAAGGUAACGUCGUUGGACGGUGGAAUGAGAUCCCACUGCCCUUGGACGGUGGUAGCAUCGAUGCUGUUGGUGCAGGAUGCGCAACGAGUUGGGUCAUGAUGUCUGAGUCGGUAUCCAAGUAA